AGAGAGAGAGGGCGAGGGAAGCACAGAGGGAUUAUUGCCCUCCGUCUCCGAUUCCCAAACUUCCCUCAAACCCUAACCCCCCCUUUUAAAACGACGCCGUUUUAGCCAAUUCCACUCGCAUGAAUCUCGUCUCAUUCUCACGCGCCGAUUCUUAACCUUUUCAUGCGACGAUUGCCUUCCCGUAAAGGGGUCAGCAGUUCGAAACCUACCGACGACGACAUGGAUCCGGUCAAGCUCCAAAUCCGGUCCAGCACCCGAUCCAAUCUCUUCUCCCGCAGCCCCAAGCACACUGCCACCGCCAGAUCAAGCUUCCUCCUCCUCUCCUCCGUCGCGAUCGCCGUCGCGCUCCUCCUCUGCUACCUCCUCUUCUUCACCGGAGCUUCAAAAACCUCCAAGCGCUAUGGGAUUGUCAUCGACGGCGGCAGCACCGGGACGAGAGUCCACGUCUUCGGGUAUGAAGCCGACGGCGGGUUCGACUUCGGAAAGGACGGGUCGGCGUCGCUGCGGGUCAGCCCGGGGCUGUCGUCGUUCGCGGAGGAUCCGAGAGCGGCGGGCGGGUCGUUGAGGGAGCUUGUUGAGUUUGCAAAGGGGAAGGUGCCGAAGGAGCAGUGGGGGAGCACGGAGGUUAGGCUUAUGGCCACGGCGGGGCUCCGGCUGCUGGAUUUGGAUGUUCAGAGUCGGAUUCUGGAGUCUUGUAGACAAGUGCUGAGGAGCUCCGGGUUUAAGUUCCAGGACGAGUGGGCUUCUGUCAUUACAGGUUCUGAUGAAGGACUAUAUGCGUGGGUUGUGGCAAACCAUGCCCUUGGAACUCUUGGUGGUGAUCCUUUGAAGACAAUUGGGAUUAUUGAACUUGGUGGUGCUUCCACUCAGGUGACAUUUGUUUCAAGUGAGCCCAUGCCUCCUCAGUUUGCGCGUCCCGUCAAAGUUGGAAAUGUCACCUACAAUAUCUACAGUCACAGCUUUCUUCAUUAUGGCCAGAAUGUUGCAUAUGAAUCCUUGAAGGAAGCACUUGCUUCAGGGGACUUCAGCUCAGCUUCAGAAGCACUUCGAGAAAGAAUGACAAUUGAUCCUUGCACUCCUAAAGGAUAUUUAUAUGACAUGGAGUCUGCAAAGCUUUCACCAGGUUCUUUGGGUGAGAAGGAUAAAUAUUUAUCUGCUCUGCAAUCUAGGGGUAACUUUUCCGAGUGCAGAUCUGCUGCAAACAUGAUGUUGCAAAAAGGAAAAGAGAAAUGUUCAUAUCAACCCUGCAGUAUAGGAUCAACUUUCAUGCCAAAGCUUCAGGGGAUGUUUCUGGCUACAGAAAAUUUCUUUCACACGUCCAAGUUCUUUGGUUUGGGUCCAAGGGCAUAUCUUUCAAAUCUGAUGAUUGCUGGUCAACAAUUCUGUGGAGAGGAUUGGUCAAAGUUAAAGAAGAGAUAUCAAUCAUUUGAUGAAGAAGCUUUGCUGCAGUUUUGCUUCUCUUCAGCAUAUUCAGUGGCCUUACUUCAUGACAGUCUUGGAAUCUCUUUGGAUGAUGAAAGGAUCAGGGUUGCAAAUCAGAUUGGAAGUAUUCCACUUGACUGGGCUUUGGGAGCUUUCAUCUUGCAAAGCGCAUCUGACUUGGACGUAGGGCACAAUGAUUGGAUUUCAGCCAUAAUUAGUGAUGGAUCGCCCACGCUGCUGUCAAUAAUUUUCAUAUUUGCAAUUUUGUUGUUUACAGUGUGGUCUCUUUCAAAGUGGAGGAAGCAGCCCCAGCUGAAGACGAUUUAUGAUCUGGAGAAAGGGCGGUAUAUAAUCACCCGUAUAAAUAGGAGUUGAUAGAUUCUGCUAGAAGAAAUGUCCACUUGUUAUGUAGAUGUGGAGGGAAUGAGUGGCACAACAUGGUAAAUUGAAUUUCACUCUAGCAGCCUCGGUUUAGAGCCCAAGGCUACCCUCAUAAGAUUAUCAACUGGAGAUGAGAUUGUACAUUGUGGGCGGGAUUUCUCCACAGAAUGUAGAGUAAGGUGCUGGAGCUAGGUUUAGAUUCCCGUUUUGGAACCGAGGGAGUCCGGUGCCUCUCGUUGAUUAUGCUUACAGGCUCUCGCUUCUACCCGUGGGGAAGGAUGUCGAACACUGUAUUGUUGUGUGAUACUACGUUAACGUUAAUGCACAGGCUCUGCUGCUUUCUCCUCAUACAAUUAUUCUUAUACCUCCACAGAUUCAUUCAUGGCAUCAGGUUUCCAAAUUCCAUGUUUUAGCUGGUGAUUCAGUCAUCUCUGGACUGAUGUAUGGAAAGAGUUGUAUUGUAAUCUUUCACUUUCAGUGAGAAAUGAAUAUUGUGAUUCCGGAAAUCAAUGUUAUGAAAGAACAGCACGAACCUUCUUCCA